AUGUUUUUCUUCUUACUAAGCGCCAUAUUUAUAGCAAGCGGCGGGGGCGCGCAAUUGGGAGAGACGGACAACUGCGACUCUAGCGAGCUGAACGUGUGUGUGGAACAAAUCCCCCGUACCCCCAUCGGCCUGCCCAAAACCAAGGAGGAGCUAGACGCGCAUUGCACAGCUUACCAAACGGGCAUGGCAUGUAUGGACUCGUGGAUCAAGCGAUGCCUACCCACAGACGGGCAAAAACUGGUACAUCAGCAAAUCGGCGGCGCCCGCGCCCUUAUGCGGUUCCUUUGCACCAAUGAAACUGCGUUAAGAAGAGAAUUUCUGAAAGAGCCUUCUUGUUGGGCGCGCGUGUCUCCGGACUGGACACACUGCGUCGACGAGCUGCAAAGCGCCGUGCGGGAAAUCACCGACCGCUCCCAGCAACUCUCCUAUUUCAACAAGAACUCAGACCUGUGCUGUGCCCGAGACGCAUUUAUAACAUGCGUUGCGCACGCUGGCCGUUCAUGCUCUGCAUCGGCUGGCACUCUUCUCCGGCGCAUGGCGUGGGUACUGGCUCAGGACGUGGCUGCAUGUACGCAACAACCCCGCGCUUACUGCUCUUCUCCACCCCCACUAUUCGCUGCACCUCUUCUUACAGCGAUUUCCGGCAUUAUACUUUAUCCACCACGAUUCUAAAGUUUUAAAACCAGACUAAAGGACGGACACCGAAGUCAUUCCAUAAACAGCUCCGUCUUAUCAAUUUUGGUUCGGAACACCAAUAUGGAUGGAAUUUAAAGCUGUAAGAGCUAAAGACAAUCGAGAUUGCUCAGAAAAAGACAGUGGAGAGGAUUGAUACAUUUUAUUUAUGGUUAAAAGUUACCUACAUUUUAAAAGAAGUUCUGAUUUAUAAACAAAUCUAAACGUCUUGUUAUCAAUUCCGUAAGGAUUGUACGAUUUUGCAUCUUUUGCAAAUACGGAACGCCAUAAUUUUAAGAUAGUUGUGAAGUAUUAUAUCUGCCAGAUAUUGUUUGAAAUAUAUCUCGAAAGUACCUAUACUAGUCCGCGGCGUUCAAAUUUGAAAAGAAGUAACAGAAAUUUAAUGAUUCGUAAAGUGAUUUCAAACAGAGUUUAUUUUUAAAUAUGAGUAUGAAGGUAACGUAUAUGUUCUUUUGCAUUUUGAUACCUAUUGAGCAAAAGUAAUUCAUGCAACGUAACAUGAAGUGCCAAGUGUUUUAAUGGUGCACAGUAAAACAAAACUUUAAUUGAUGGUCUAUUGGAUCGAACAUAUAGAUAUGAUAUGAUACAUUAUGUAAUUUAAAAUGGACAAAAUGGCUCAAAUUUAUAGCACGCAAAGUCACUAAUUACUGCGUGCAAAUUAUUGUGAGUACUUAUAUUCGGAAAAUAUUUAAGAACUAGGUUCAUGUCUGUUGUGCAAUCGCCAAUCAUAUUUGUUUAGCGUCGUCACUUUAACACUACGACUACACAACAUUAACUCUUCCCUUUUUAUCUAUUGAGUUGGCCAAAAAGUCCGUGUGAUAUCAAUGAAAAAUAUAAAAAUGUGUAUAAAACUUUAAUCAAUUAUUAUUAUGUAUUGGCCAUGGUGAUCUAUAAUCUUUUGCUAUGAUUAUGAAUAGAAAAAUCGAACAGUAAGAAAAAAUUCCUUCGAUCUGGCUGGGUGCGAAGCAGCGUCUUUCAGCAAACCGUACUAGACGCUAAGCCAACUAAGCCACGAAAUGAACCAGCGAAUCUUACGAAGUUUUGUAUGUGCUUAUUGCAGAUCUUAGUUUUUGGUUUUUAAGGAUUUUUUGCCAAAGGCCAUCUGUGAGAAA